AUGACACCAUUCGCCGUCAUUCAAUGCCUAGUUGAGUUGAAUCCUCGGGCUCUUGAGACACCUAGCAAUGAAGGACGGUUGCCACUCCACGAAGCUUGCAGACUUCCGCAGACGCCCCUUGCAACCAUCCAAUACUUGGCCCAACAGAGCCCUCAGGCUCUUCAGACACCUAAUAAUUUUGGGUCUUUGCCACUCCACGAAGCUUGCAGAAAUUCACAGACCCACCUUGCCACCAUCCAUUACUUGGCUCAACAGAGUCCUCAGGCUCUUCGCGUGUCAAACAAUCGGGGUCUGCUACCGCUUGUCGCAGCAAACAUCGACGGAAUGCAUUCCAUGCGGGUUCUUGUUUCUCUUGUACGAGUUGAUCCAGGAGUCAUGCAGACGCUGCGUACUGAGCUUUCUGGCGUAAACUGGAAUCAGGGGCGUCUUCGUGACACUCUUGACAAGUUGGCUGUUGCCGCGAACUUGGCUGUCCAGGAGCAGGAGUUGACCAUCGAGCUGCGCCCGGACUGGAUGAACGAAACACGCGACAACCUAGAGACGAUUGAAGAUCAUGAUGGCCAACUCCAUCCAUGUAUCCGUGUUCUGGUUCAAUGGCUCCGCAGCAACAUAAUUGAUCGGAACAACUACUGGCAAGACCAGCUUGAUCCUAUUGCUGCCAGACCGGAUGCUUUGGCCGGCGAUGACACGGCAACAACAACUGAGUGA